ACGUACCGUUACGUUCAAUAAUGCACGUAUCUCACAAGGUACUACUACUACUAUUGCUACAUGCCAGAACAGCUACUUGACAUAGUUGUGUGCUGUGUUUGAGAGAGUGAAUGUCGAGCAGAGAAAAGGCGACAUAAUGGCUCAACAGAAGGACCUGGAGGGCUACGUGGGAUUUGCAAAUCUUCCUAACCAAGUUUACAGGAAAUCCGUGAAGAGGGGUUUCGAAUUCACACUCAUGGUUGUGGGAGAAUCUGGGCUGGGGAAGUCGACGCUCAUCAAUUCACUCUUUCUGACAGAUUUGUACUCUGCUGAAUACCCUGGUCCUUCUCACAGAAUCAAAAAAACUGUCCAGGUGGAAGAGUCAAAGGUUCUGGUCAAGGAAGGAGGAGUGCAGCUUCUUCUCACCAUUGUUGACACCCCUGGCUUUGGUGAUGCAGUUGACAACAGUAACUGCUGGCAGCCGGUCAUUGAUUACAUUGACAGCAAGUUUGAGGAUUACCUCAACACAGAGUCGCGGGUCAACAGACGACAGAUGCCAGACAGCAGAGUGCACUGCUGCCUGUACUUCAUUGCUCCUUCUGGACAUGGCUUGAAGUCCCUUGAUAUUGAAUUCAUGAAAAGGUUACACGAAAAAGUAAACAUCAUCCCCCUCAUCAGCAAAGCUGACACAGUGACACCUGAGGAGUGCCAGGAGUUCAAGAAGCAGAUCAUGAAAGAAAUCCAGGAGCACAAAAUCAAGAUCUAUGAAUUCCCGGAGACUAAUGAUGAGGAGGAAAUGAAGACGGUCAGGAAAAUAAAGGAUCGUUUGCCCUUGGCUGUAGUUGGUAGUAAUACCAUAAUCAAGGUCAAUGGAAAGCAGGUUCGUGGCAGGCAGUAUCCUUGGGGUGUGGCUGAAGUGGAAAAUGGAGAGCACUGCGAUUUUACAAUACUCAGGAACAUGCUCAUCAGGACCAACAUGCAGGACCUGAAGGAUGUGACAAACUAUGUUCACUAUGAAAACUACCGCAGCAGGAAGUUGGCUGCAGUCACCUGUAAUGGGGACAACAAUGAGAACAAAGGGCAGCUGACCAAACCCGACACGGCUGAGAGCAUGAGUCCUCUAGCCCAGAUGGAGGAGGAACGACGGGAGCAUGUAGCCAAGAUGAAGAAGAUGGAACAAGAAAUGGAACAAGUGUUUGAGAUGAAGGUCAAAGAAAAGCUCCAGAAGCUCAGAGACUCUGAAGCUGAGCUCCAGAGACGUCUCGAGCAGAUGAAGAAGAACCUGGAGGCGCAGCACAAAGAGCUGGAGGAGAAGCGACGCCAGCACGAGGAGGAGAAGGCCAGCUGGGAGGCCCAACAGAGGAUUCUGGAAGAACAGCAACUAGAAGCCUCCAGGACUUUGGAGAAGCACAAAAAGAAGAAGAUAUUUUAAUAACUGGAGGACCUUCCCAGUGUUACAGUGUAUCUGCCAGCUGUCGAUCAACUACAUCCACUGUGUGCCCAUCAAACUAUGCAAUAACUAAGUGAAAGCCAAAGCGCAGCGCUGUCUGGACUCUGAAUUUUCCCUCUUUACUGAACUGUUAUUGUCUGUUUACUGACUCAGUGUACUUUCAUAUUGUGGGCUUAAACAGGUAACUUCAUUCUAGAUUUUUUUUUUUUUUUUUUUUUUUUAAAAGAGGACAAAUUUAAGAGUCCAUUUUUUUCUUUUGUUGUCUUUUACUACGGGAAUUUUGGAUGAAUCAUUUUAAUGCCAAAAAGCCAAACAGGGAAGUUUCUGGCACUGUCAGGGUCAAGCUCACCUCAGUCUUUUUAUAUACAAAUAUCACCUACUUAUCACUUAUUUAGGUAUGAUAUUUAAUGUACCCUCUCUAUCUCAUGUAAACUGUAUAACCACAAACUGCCAUGUUCAACUGAGAGUUACUUUGUCUUCUUUUUUGAUCAUUUCUAUUUUUUUCUCUAUUGUGUUGACUCUGCUUUUGGAAUUGUGUUCCUUUUAUUUUAUUUUUUUUGAGAAUUAUAUGCAUUGUUUUCCAGACCAGAAAUGUAUUUCUGACUUCACUUCUGCUGAGCGUGAACAAAUCAAAGGUCCUGCUCGUGGUGCCUUUUCCAGCAUGAGCUGAGGGAUGCUGAGACCCUUGUGUUAGGUGUCGGUGGCUGGGAAAGCUGGAGCUCAGGUGCUUCCAGCAAACAUUGUAGAAGUCACUGUCAGUCGCAUUUAGCACAGGUUGUACUGCCGCUUAUAUUUUCAUGUCUUGUUUUUACUUUACAAAGUCACAUAAUAAACUUGUGAUGGGGGAAA